CAGGCAUUAUCGUUCUUGAAAUUUGAUUUGGAAGGACUAUUAUGCCGCGGAGAUUACUAUUACCGCCAUAUUUUCAGGUCUCUGAGGGAUUUGUAUAAAGAUUUUGAAAUGAUGAAGUCGGAAGGAGAGACUGGGGGUAAGCCCUUGAAGAAUUUGGGUGGUCUUAUCUGCCAGAUCUGUGGCGAGAAAGUUGGCCAUGCUGUGAACGGCGAACCAUUUGUUGCGUGCGAUGUCUGUGCAUUUCCAGUUUGCAGACCAUGCUAUGAGUAUGAGAGGAAAGAUGGAAAUCAGUCGUGUCCUCAGUGCAAGACUGCUUACAAGAGGCACACAGGAAGCCCAGCUAUUCAUGGUGAUAGAGAAGAGGAGGCCAUUUUAAAUGCUGGGACUCGUGACUUUAUCUAUUCAGAAAAUCAGCACGAUAAGAAGAAAGUUGCACAACGUAUGUUGGGCUGGCAUGCUUCCUAUGGACGAGGGAGAGCCGUUGCAUCUCCAAAUUAUGACAAAGAAGUUUCCCAUAACCACAUUCCUUUGCUAAUUAAUGGACAUGAGGUAUCUGGAAAAUUAUCUGCUGCAUCACCUGAACGAAUGUCCGUGGCAUCUCCUGGACCUUCUGGAGGAAAAUCAAAUAUUAGAGUUGUAGAUUCUGUUAGGGAAUUUGGAUCCUCUGGAUUGAGCAAUGUGGCUUGGAAAGAGAGGGUUGAUGGGUGGAAGGCGAAGCAGGAUAAAAGUGCCGGUGUUGCCCCAGAAACUAGCCGCGCGGCUUCUGAGAGGGGUAUUGGAGACAUUGAUGCUUGCACGGAUGUGCCUGUGAAUGACUCUUUGUUAAAUGACGAAACUAGGCAGCCUCUUUCAAGGAAGUUUUCUAUUCCAUCAUCCAGGAUAAACCCAUAUAGAAUGGUUAUUGUUCUACGGCUUGUUAUUCUCUGCAUUUUCUUGCACUACCGGAUAACCAAUCCUGUGCCUAAUGCAUAUGCACUUUGGUUGGUAUCUGUGAUUUGUGAGAUAUGGUUUGCAAUAUCCUGGAUAUUGGAUCAGUUCCCUAAGUGGCUUCCGGUGAACAGAGAAACAUAUCUCGACAGGCUUUCAGUCAGAUUUGAUCGAGAAGGCGAGCCAUCACAACUAGCUGCUGUUGACAUUUUUGUCAGUACUGUCGACCCUCUAAAGGAACCUCCUCUUGUCACAGCCAAUACUGUAUUGUCCAUUCUUUCUGUCGAUUAUCCAGUGGACAAGGUUGCGUGCUAUGUCUCUGACGAUGGAGCUGCUAUGUUGACAUUUGAAGCUUUGUCUGAAACAUCAGAGUUUGCAAGGAGGUGGGUUCCUUUCAGCAAGAAGUAUAGCAUUGAGCCACGUGCUCCUGAAUGGUACUUUGCUCAAAAGAAUGACUACUUGAAGGAUAAAGUUCAUCCAUCAUUUGUCAAAGACCGAAGAGCAAUGAAGAGAGAAUAUGAAGAGUUCAAGAUUCGCAUCAAUGCACUUGUAGCAAAGGCCCAGAAGGUUCCAGAGCGAGGAUGGAUUAUGCAAGAUGGUACACCUUGGCCUGGAAAUAAUACUAGGGAUCACCCAGGAAUGAUUCAGGAUUUCUUGGGUCAAAGUGGGGGGCUUGACAGUGAUGGCAAUGGGUUACCACAAUUGGUGUAUGUUUCUCGUGAGAAACGCUCUGGCUUCCAGCAUCACAAGAAAGCUGGUGCUAUGAAUGCACUUGUUCGAGUAUCAGCUGUCCUUUCUAAUGGCCCCUUCCUGCUUAAUCUGGAUUGUGAUCAUUAUAUAAACAAUAGCCAGGCAAUCAGAGAAGCUAUGUGUUUUAUGAUGGAUCCAAACCUUGAGAGAUAUGUCUGCUAUGUACAGUUUCCGCAAAGAUUUGAUGGGAUUGAUAGAAAUGAUCGAUAUGCCAAUCGCAACACUGUUUUCUUUGAUAUUAAUCUGAGAGGUUUAGAUGGAAUUCAAGGCCCUGUGUAUGUGGGAACAGGAUGCGUCUUCAACAGGACAGCGUUGUAUGGCUAUGAGCCUCCUCACAAACCAUACAAGAAAUCGGGGUUGUUCUCAUCUUGCUUUGGAUUAAAGAAGAUAAAUUCCAAAUAUAAUAAGAAGGGUUCAAACUAUAAGUCGUCUAGCAGGCGCAUGGAUCCUACAGUUCCAAUUUUCAACCUAGAGGAUAUAGGAGUUGAAGGGGCUGGAUUUGACUAUGAGAAGAGAUUACUUAUGUCAGAUACGAUUCUCGAGCAAAGAUUUGGACAAUCUGCUCUAUUUGUUACAUCUACACUUAUGGAGAAUGGUGGUGCUCCUCAUUCUGCAACACCGGAGACUCUUCUUAAGGAAGCUAUUCAUGUUAUCAGCUGUGGGUAUGAGGACAAAACGGAUUGGGGAAGUGAGAUUGGAUGGAUUUAUGGUUCAGUGACAGAAGAUAUUCUGACCGGAUUUAAGAUGCAUGCUCGUGGUUGGCGAUCAAUUUACUGCAUGCCAAAGAGACCAGCUUUUAAAGGUUCUGCUCCCAUCAAUCUUUCUGAUCGUCUAAACCAAGUCCUCCGAUGGGCUUUAGGAUCCAUUGAAAUUCUAUUCAGUCGGCAUUGUCCAAUUUGGUAUGGAUAUGGUGGAAGGCUAAAAUGGCUGGAGAGAUUUGCAUAUAUUAACACCACCAUAUAUCCUAUCACUUCUAUACCAUUAGUUUUGUAUUGUACAUUGCCAGCCGUUUGUCUCCUCACUGGAAAAUUCAUCAUUCCACAGAUCAGUAACAUAGCGAUUAUAUGGUUCAUGUCCCUUUUCCUCUCCAUUUUCGCAACAGGCAUACUAGAAAUGAGAUGGAGUGGAGUAGGAAUCGACGAAUGGUGGAGAAACGAACAGUUUUGGGUCAUCGGAGGUGUCUCCGCCCAUCUUUUCGCUGUAGUCCAAGGUCUACUCAAAGUCCUAACUGGAAUCGACACCAACUUCACAGUCACCUCCAAGGCUACUGACGAAGGCGGUGACUUUGCCGAGCUAUACAUCUUAAAAUGGACCAGUCUACUCAUCCCUCCGACCACUCUCCUCAUCAUAAACAUUGUUGGAGUUGUUGCAGGAAUCUCGUACGCAAUGAACAGCGGUUACCAGUCUUGGGGACCGCUGUUCGGGAAAAUGUUCUUUGCAUUUUGGGUGAUUGUUCAUUUGUUUCCUUUCUUCAAGGGUUUGAUGGGUAGACAGAAUCGCACGCCUACUAUUAUUGUGCUGUGGUCGGUUCUGUUGGCUUCGAUUUUCUCUUUGUUGUGGAUUAGGAUUGAUCCUUUUAUUACGAGAGUGACAGGACCCGAUAUGGAGAUGUGCGGGAUUAACUGUUGAGAUUGAUUCGAUUAUAAUUGAAAAUAGGAUAUAGAUUGUAAGGUGGGAUUUUAUAGUUGAUAUAGACUAAUCUGUUUGAAUUGUAUGUAGUAUAUAGUAAG